UUUCCCUCAGAUUGAACUAUCGCGCGACCACAGUACCUCCUCCUUGAGCACGCGACCACUGCCUCCAAAUCAAGAUGGCUUCCCACAGUGCUGUGCUCUCGAUGUCCAAGAUUAUUUCUCCUUUCUGGGGUGGACGCCUCGGAAACACGGUUAAAGUAUUUGGAACAACUCUGACAAGUCGCAGGAAUAAAACCUUACAUGCUGGAGAAAACAUUCCCCCUCCUGCAAAGUAUGGAGGCAGACACACUGUGACCCUCAUACCUGGAGAUGGAAUUGGUCCAGAGCUGCUCACUCAUGUCAGAGAGGUUUUCAGGUUCAGCUGUGUGCCGGUGGACUUUGAGGUGGUGCACGUCAACUCUGCUGUGGAAACUGAGGAUGAUAUCAAUAAUGCCAUUACUGCCAUCCGCCGUAAUGGAGUUGCCCUCAAAGGUAACAUAGAAACCAAACAUACCAUGCCACCAUCUGUCAAAUCCAGAAAUAAUCUCCUUCGUACAAGCUUAGACCUGUUUGCCAAUGUGAUGCACUGCCAGUCCCUCCCUGGAGUCCAGACUCGCCACAAGAACAUUGACAUCAUGAUCAUCAGGGAGAACACAGAGGGAGAAUACAGCAGUCUGGAGCACGAGAGUGUAUCAGGGGUCGUGGAGAGCCUUAAGAUCAUCACCAGGAACAAUUCCCUCAGGAUUGCUGACUAUGCCUUCCAACUGGCCAGGGAGAAAGGUCGUCGCAGGGUCACUGCUGUGCACAAGGCCAACAUCAUCUCUGGUGAUGGCUUGUUCCUGCAGUGCUGCAGAGAAGUGGCCUCUGGUUACCCAGACAUCACAUUUGACAGCAUGAUUGUGGACAACACCACCAUGCAGCUGGUGUCCAAGCCCCAGCAGUUUGAUGUGAUGGUGAUGCCCAAUCUGUACGGGAACGUGGUGAGCAACGUGUGCGCAGGCCUGGUGGGAGGGCCUGGCCUUGUGCCCGGAGCCAAUUAUGGUCGUGACUAUGCUGUCUUUGAAACGGCCACAAGGAACACAGGGAAGAGUAUCGCGGACAGGAACAUUGCAAACCCCACUGCCAUGCUGCUAGCCAGCUGCAUGAUGCUGGACCACCUUAAGCUUAACGAUUAUGCGAGUUUGAUUCGGAACGCCGUCCUAACCACCAUGAAUGAAACCAGGUUGCACACAGCUGAUAUCGGGGGUCAGGGCACCACAUCGGAGGUGGUCCAGUCCGUCAUGAGGGUCAUCCAGAGUAAAGGGCAACUCAUAUCAGAGAUCUAAAAACCACCACCAAGGAUACCAUGUGCCCGCGCGCACGCACACACACACACACACACGCUCAUCAGACGUGUGGGUUUGAACAGGUGUCUGUAUGUGGGGCAGGUGUACAGUAUGAGAAAAGGAUAUCCAUGCGUGUCUGUUUCCAUAGCGUUAGGUCUUAUCACUGACAUCACAACUUUUUUUUUCUCCCCCACCCGGCUUACUGACCAGUUCACUGUAUAAACGACCCUUUAUCAACACUUGUGUUCCAUAUAAUAACGACCUUCAUUGGCCUGUUUCUGAAACCGUUUACUUUUGAUAAAAUUUCUUUAUCACUCCUAAAGCCUACAUUAAGGAUAGAUUAUGUUUCCAGAGUUCAUCAGGCUCAUUCAGAGGAUAAUCUGUGCUCUGACAAAUUGUUAUGAAACACGACCAAAACACCAGAAAUAUCUUGAGAUGAGCAUACAGUGUCUACUCUGUGCAAAAAACAUAUUCCAGUGGGGAUCAUUAUUUAUUUUAUAGCUUAGGACUAUGUUACAGCCUUCACAGUCAACCAAAAUGUGCAAUGUUCAUUUAAUGCCUUAACUUGUCAUUCUGUUAGAUUGGGUAUUAUAUACUGAACUGUUCUGUAUAUUCAUAUCAUGUUGACUGUACUUUAAAAUGGCGAUGUAGCUUUUUCAUUUAUACUGUAUCAUCACAAAAUGUGUACAUUGAGUUGCUGCUGUCAAAGCUGAACCUUUACGCUUGUGCCAUAAUAAUCUUUUCACUCAAGUGUGGGUCAUGUCAAAGGAUAUAUACCCCUGCUGUCUUAAAAGCUAACCAGGCAGGAGCUCUUAAAGCGUGAUGUGAAAAGACUGGUUUUAUCAUGUCUGGAGGUGGGCACAUGUACUGUAUAACAUAAAUGUUAUAAAUAAUGAAAUAAAUCUAUCUUAAGCUGA